AUGCCACCAAAGCAUUCAACAGCAGGCUCUCGCGGUCGUCCUUCCAACUCGGUGCGCGGUGCAUCCAAGUCGAAGGCGAGCGCCUCCAAUGCUCGAGCAUCAGCAUCUUCACGUGCGCCGCAGCAGCUCGAUUCGGAUGACAGCGAUGUCGACCCGUUUGCAGACUCCCAGCCGGAGCAGGAGCAAACGGAACUCGAAGAAGUGCAAGAUCUUGACGAGGACGAAGAGCCAGUUACCCUGCCGCCUGAGCUGCUGACGCGGAUGUUGCACGAAUUCUUUGAGAAAGACGAUACUAGGAUUUCCAAGGAUGCGAACAAAGCUGUUGCAAAAUAUAUGGAUGUGUUCGUGCGCGAGGCGAUCGCCAGGGCUGCCGUUGAGAAAGAGAGCGGGUUUCUCGAAGUCGAAGAUCUAGAAAAAGUCGCGCCUCAGCUUCUGCUGGACGUUUGA